AUGAAGAUUACUCAGACGACGGCAUGAUGAUGGAUGAGGAAGGGGAGGACGAGGAAGAGGAAGAGGAGCCAGAGGCCGCUCCCCCCAGCCCCUCCAUCUUCUCGCCCGAGCUGCGGGCCGUCAUGCAAGUCUGGAACAAUUAUAAGGCCAUGAAGAAACGACGCCAGGCCAUGGGGUGCGGCGGUGCCGACACAGGGCCCGGCGAUCAGAAGCAGGCAGAGGAGGCCCAGAAGAGGAGGAAGAAGCGGAGGUCCAGGGUGCUGUUCCCCAGCGACGGCCGCAAGUUCAUGCCCAAGCAGAAGGAGAGGAGCCGGGCCAAGCCCUUCCUCUUCCUCUUCAGCAUCAUCGUCUUCCUGCAGGUGUACAACGCGAUCGAGAACCUGGAUGACCAUGUGCUGAAGUACGACCUUGAGGGCCUGGAAAAGACCUUGGGCCGGGAGGUGUUCGGCCAGCAGCGGGCCGUGGAGACCCUGAUGGAGCACCUGCAGGACUACCUGUCCACCUAUUCCCACCAGCGGCCCCUGGCACUGUCCGUGCACGGCCCCAGCGGCGUGGGCAAGAGCCACCUCGGUCGCCUGCUGGCUCGCCACUUCCGCUCCGUGGUGGGAGACCAGCUGGUCAUACAGUACUUCACCGCCCACAGCUGCCCACCAGAUGAGGACGAAGGUGUGUGCGCGGCCGAGCUGGUCGCCCAGGUGGUUGCCGCGACAACCGUCGCCGAGGAAGACGACCGCAUUCCGCUGGUGGUGCUGGACGAGGCCCAGCUGAUGCCGGCGGCCAUGUUGGACGCCCUGCUGGACCUCCUGAAGCCCGAUCAGAGCAACGAGCUGCUCAACGUCGUCUACGUGCUCCUCAGCAACCUUGGCCACGAAGACAUCACACGCCACGUCCUCCACAACUCCUCCUCCUCCUCAUCAUCAUCAUCCUCCUUCUUCUCGAAGGGCCAGGAGAUGGAGAUGGAGGAGGCGCUUCGCAGCAGCCUGGCCGAGAAGCAGCACCCGUUGUGGGGGGAGGUGGAGGCGCUGGUGGCCCUGCUGCUCCUGGAGAAGAGCCACGUGGUGGAGUGCUUCCUGGAGGAGAUGAUGCGCGAGGGCUUCUACCCGGAGCGCGCCCACGUGGAGCAGCUGGCCGCGGAGAUGGCCUACUACUCCGCUGGAGGCAGGCAGUACUCCCAACACGGCUGCAAGCAAGUGGUGGCCAGGGUGAACAGUCUGUGAGAGAGAGGGGUGUGUGUGCGA